UUCGGUCUCGUUGUCAACAUCAAGAUCGUCCAAAGUGAUUAACAGCACAACAGUCAUUGAUACUGAAAUUUAUUGAAGGUAGUGACAGACAGGAUUUGCUACGGAAGAACGACGUUAUAAGAAUGGCAUUCUCUGUUCCAAAGCCCGGGCCCGGGAGCCCGAAACCGAAGGAGAAGGCGCUGCGAGACACCAAUGACAGGACACUCACUGCCGCCCGAAAAGCGAAACUCAUUAGCCUUCAAAAGCGCGAGGAAAUGAAAGACGUUCUCGUCAAGAAAUUCGUAGAGAGGUAAUAAUCAGAAAUAUGUAGAAAUUGUAGUAACAUAUGUGUAGUCGUACUCCACAAAAAAUCCAGUGUAGAAGUUUAGAUUCUGUUGCAACAUGCCAGGAGUCUUGUUGUAACAUAGUGGUAGGGAUGUUUUUUUCAUACCGCGGUGCAUAAAAUGGGAAAGAAACUUUACUACCAUUUCGCACUCCUCCACAGAGUAAACGCUGACGGAACCUCAGCAGAAAAAAGAAAAGAAAACGAAGGCAUUAUUGAUGCUGAGGUUGGAAAUUUUCUGGGCACAGGCGCAAUAACAGAGCAGAACUUGAAGCGGCUCGAAAAGAAAAUACAUAAUAAGACAGGUAAAAAUUUUUGGCCAGUUGUCUAAUGUUGUUAUGAGAACAACCGCUAAAAGUAUCUGAUCAUAGAGGUUCUGUCAACAUCAGCUUGCGGCCUUUUCAGUCACCAAAGAGAAUAAUGGCAUGACCCAUGAAAACUCACAGGCACACAAGAAGGGGAUGCCGUGUCAGUAUCAAACUAUAGUGUGGCGCAGUCGUUGCAAUCGCAGCGGAGUGUCGGCAGUGCCUCAGCAGCAGCAAAUAUGAAGCGAGAUUGGAGGCUCCUGGACGACUACGCGGUGCUCCUAUCACAGCAGGACGCAUCAAAUCACAAAAACAGUAAGAUGUUUCUGAAAUAAUGAUAUGAUUGGAAAUACUUGAAUAAAGGACGACGUUUAUCUUUUUUUUGUCUAACGAUGAACAAACUGUGUAUCUGUAAUAUUGUCUUCGAUUUUGUGAAGAGUCUCAACUUUUUAUGACGUGCAAAUAUUCUUGUUCAAACAGAGCAAAAGACGGCGCAACGAAAGCUCUACGAGGACUUGACCGCGCAAAUAGAUGCAGCGAAAAGUAAAGACGAUUACAAAAAGCAGGAGGACAAAAAGUACUAACUCAUCCUGCGAUCAUUUCUAAGAAGUCAUGUGAUGUGUAACCGACCGCGUAGCGCGGCUAAGUGUCCUUAAAGUGCCGCGACGGGCUGCAACUGCUGCGGCUGACGUUCUCAAAGCGCUGCGACUGCCCCUUAGGCAGCUAAAGUGGUGCUAUCACUACUUUCGUAAGUGACGAGUGUUUUAAGUAAUGCAGCCACUCUUUAUCAGACACUUCUUGAUCUAGGGGAAGCGGCGCUGCACUUAAGGCCCGCCGCGCUGCACGUAAGCAGCCCCUCGAGGUACUUAAGCAUCCCACCGAGGCACGUAAGGGACCCGCCGAGGCACUUAAGGGACCCGCCGAAGCACUUACGGGGACCGCCGAGGCACUUAAGGGAACCGCCGAGGCACUUAACGGAACCGCCGAGGCACUUACGGGCACCUCCGAGGCACUUAAGGGGCCACCGCCUUAGCGGUUUCGCGCAACACUUACGGGGGACCCGUCUAAGGGGGCAUCGCCUUAGCGGUUUCGCGAAACACUUCCGGGGGCGUCGUCUUAUCGGUCUCGCGAAACACUUAAGGGGGCCAUCGCCUUAACGGUUUCGCGAAACACUUACGGGGCCAUCCCCUUAGCGGCUUCGCGAAACACUUGAGGGGGCAUCGCCUUAGCGGUUUCGCGAAACACUUCCGGGAGCGUCGUCUUAUCGGUUUCGUGAAACACUUAAGGGGCCAUCGCCUUAACGGUUUCGCGAAACACUUGAGGGGCCACCGCCUUAACGGUUUCGCAAUACGCUUACGGGGGCGUCGUCUUAUCGGUUUCGGGAAACACUUACGGGCGCCAUCGCCUUGACGGUUUCGCGAAACACUUAAGGGGGCCAUCGCCUAACGGUUUCGCGAAACACCUCAGGCGGCAUCGCCUAACGGUUUCGCGAAACACUCAAGGGGGCAUCGCCUUAACGGUUUCGCGAAACGCUCGAGGGGCUGCCGCCUCAACGAUUUCGCGAAACUCUUGCGGGGCUGCCGUCUUAUCGGUUUCGCGAAACACUUGAGGGGGCCAUCGCCUUAACGGUUUCGCGAAACACUUAAGGGGCCAUUGCCUUAACGGUUUCGCGAGGCACUUCAGCUGCCACCGCCUUAACAGUUUCGCGAAACACUGACGGGGGCGUCGCCUUAUCGGUUGCCGCUGAAACCAUGGCCGCACCACUCAAGCCAGCGGUCGCUCAAGUAGUGACCGCGCCACCCAAUCCGGCGGCCGUUUAGUUAGUGACCGCAUCACCUGAGCUGCAUCCCGCUGAAGCAGUGACUGCACCGCCCAAGCCGUCGCUCGCUUAAGUAGUGACGGCACCACUUAGGCUGUUGCUCGCUUGGGCAAUGACUGUACCACUGAAGCUGUUGUCGCUUAAGUGGUGACGGCACCACUCAAGCUGUACCUCGCUUAAUUCGUGACUGCACCACUUAAGCUGUCGCUCGCUUAAGUAGUGACCGCACCACUUAAGCUGCAUCUCGCUUAAGCAGUGACUGCACUACUUGUGGGCUCUCGCUUAAUUAGUGACUGCACCACCUAGGCUGCUGCGCGCUUGAGCAGUGACUGCGCCACUUACGUUGGUUUCUGCGCCGGUAGUGACUGCACCACUUAGGCUUUUUAUCGCUUAAGCAGUGACUGCAUUCUUUCAGCUAGUUGUUCCUUAAGGAGUAGCCGCAUCACUUACACCAGGGCUCUAUCUGGAUAUAUCAUCAUCACCUUGCCUCUCUGGAUAUACCAAAGGUAUUUUGACGAGUCACUGAAGGAGCUCGAAAUUUGGCGAGUAGCGGAAGCAGAUAAGCUUGCUGAAGUGAAGAGAAAGAAUAUGAUCGAGAAAAGUAUGCGAGACGAACAGCUAGCGAUGGAGAAGAGGAUUAAAGAGGAUGAACGGUAGUACCUCUAGCUACUACUAAUUAUAGAAGAUGAGCAAAUUUAUACUUACCUGCUACUACUAAUCAUGAAGGAACCUGAAAGUAGGUACCGACUUCUAAUUAAGAAAGAUGCUAACCAGUUGAAUACCAUGAAGAGUAUUCUACCAGAGACUCAGUGGAGACAUCGACAUAAAAGAUCAACGAGCUUUUAUACCUUCUGUAUAUGAUUCGCAUUCAGGUUACUCAAGGAAAAGCAGGAGAAGGAUAUCGUCGCGAGGAUCCAAAGGGAGCUCGUAGAAGAGCAAGUCAAGCAACAGAAAAAGAUAGAGGUACUCACUACUAGUCGUGACUUCAUAUUAGGACUGGACAGAGACUACCUAGGUUUGAAUUGUCCGUGUGACUUAGUUCGCUUAUCUUCAAGGACACAAAAUCGCAACACUGAUGUGGUACAUCUAAUAGAUCUUUAAUAUGCCGUGGGUUCAACAACCCACGACCCUCAGAGUCGAGCAGGUGCCGGCGGAGCUCGAUGCGCAGGAUCCAUAACCGAACCUAACCAAAGGCUCUACUCGUUAAUCGAACAUAGUAGAUCCAGGUAGGCCCAAGAGCGCUCGUUCCUUCCCCCACACCCAGGACCAAAAAAAGCAUAUGGAGGUGGUAUUCAAGGAGAACCAGGAAAACCGUGCAAAGAAGGAUGCCGAGUUGAAAGCACAGGCGGAUUACGAUCUGAAGCAGAUGAAGGAAUACCAAGCUCUUCUAGAAAAGCAAGAGAAGGCACGACUAGCAGAAAAGGAAGCUCGUGCAGGACGACAAAAGGAGCUCAUGGAUAGGGUUUAACAACUUAACAUUGAGGACUAUCACUAUUUUCCAUUUUUUGUACUCCUUUAUUUUUCUUACACGAGUACAGCACCAGGGCGCGCCGUGCUCGCUCAUGACAUUUGUUCUCGUUUGAUGAUCUGCUGCUUCUCCGUUCGAGAAUCAAUUUUUGGCAUUUGAUUUCAGAUGAAAGACACGGUGAUGGCACAAGCACAGGCGAAGGGGCAGGAGGACGAUAUUCGCGCAGCCAAACAGAAAGAGGAAGCCGACCUUCGAGCAGUACUUCUUCUUGAUGAUAUCUAAAUGCAGUUGUACUUCUACUUGUAUGUAACUAAGAGAGUAGCAAGUAUCAAAUUAUAACAUGUAAUUGUGUCUCUUAGAUGAAUAAGCUGAAUCAUGACAGGGACACACGACACAUGAACAUCAGAGUAUAACAUUAUGCAUCAUUUGAUUUCAUCAUAGAAAACAAGUUGACCAACAAAAUCUUCAUCUUCAAAACAGUUAGAGAUCGCAGUGAAUAAGCAGCAGAAGCUGGAAGCCAUGCGAGCCGAGACGCGGGACUAUCUCUUAAAGCAGAUUGCUGUGAAGAAUGAUAUGAAACAGCAGAGUCUAGAGCUGAAAAAGAUGCAGGCAGGGGUGCUUGAUGAGGAUUUGAAGAACUAUCAAUCACAAGAGCAAAAGAAGGUGAAAGCCCUGAAGCUGAAAGCCUUUGAACACCAGAAAGAGCUGCAAGCGCAGAUCAGGGAGAAGGAGGUACUGGAACGUAAACUUGUUACUAUGAUAUACCUCUCACACGACAACGACCAGCCGGAGCAAACGAGAAUUGUGAUGUAGACAAUGAUCACAAGUGCGGUCCGCUUUAACUACUUUUCCUAAUACAUCACGCUAGAUUCAAAAAGUUAAACUGAUUUAUUACAUGAAAGAACUUCUAAAAAAAUAGUGAGUGACAUCAAGCAAUACUAAAGGUAAAGAGUGACUUAGCUCCUCCUAAUCCAUUCUCUCUCACUCUCUGUUCCACCUAGGCCCGACCGAAAGACGUGGCCAUGUCUGCGGAAGAGGAGAAGAUGAAUCGAGACUUGUUGGAUCACGUCUGCAAGGAGCUCGCGCGAUCCUCUGUGGACGGUAUGUCGCCCGUUUCGGGGAAGCAUUAA